GAUGCCUCUGGUAGCCAGUGGUGGAGCAGUGAGAAGCUGGUAUUGCUGCUGUGCUUUUACAGGAGAAGCUUGGCUGCAUUAACUCCUAGGAAAACAAGAGCCCAGGCAGCUGGAGCAGAGCCUGGCAAUGGAGGUUGGCCCCACAGCAGCCAGCAGCAGCUCCCCGGCUGGCACCGGCUGGCUGGAUGUCACUUUUGUCACCUGCACUGACACCGUGACUUUCACCGAAGUGCUGGAGGAAGAGGAGUGGAAAUCCUUUUACUACUCCUUUAAGACAGAGCAGCUGGUGACUCUUUGGAUCCUCUUUAUUGUUACUAUUGCUGGAAAUGCCAUCGUGCUCUUCUCUACAUGGAGAAGGAAGCGGAAAUCUCGAAUGACCUUCUUUGUUACACAGCUGGCAAUCACAGAUUCAUUCACGGGACUCAUAAACAUAAUGACCGACAUCGUCUGGCGCUACACAGGAGAUUUCAUGGCCCCUGACAUCGUCUGCAGAGUCGUCCGCUACUUACAGGUGGUCCUCCUCUAUGCUUCAACCUACGUCCUCGUGUCACUGAGCAUAGACCGGUAUCAUGCCAUAGUUUACCCCAUGAAGUUCAUGCAAGGAGAAAGACAGGCGAAAGUUCUUAUUGGAGUGGCCUGGAGCCUCUCUUUCCUGUUUUCAAUACCGACUCUGAUAAUUUUUGGGAAACGACAGCUCUCCAACGGGGAAGUGCAAUGCUGGGCUCUGUGGCCGGAUGAUUCCUACUGGAUCCCCUACAUGACAGUGGUUGCUUUCCUUGUGUACUUCAUUCCUCUGAUCAUUAUCAGUGUCAUAUACUCAAUUGUGAUUCGAACCAUCUGGAUGAAGAGCAAAGCUCAGGCUGUCAUUAUAUCCAGCUGCACUGAUGGCAGAACCUCUGCUGGAUACACCAGUCGUGGGUUCAUAUCCAGAGCAAAAGUGAAAGCCAUCAAGUACAGCAUUGUAAUUGUUCUUGCAUUCGCUCUCUGUUGGAGCCCCUACUUUCUGUUUGAUAUCCUGGACAACUUCAACAUCCUCCCCGAGACCAAAGAGCGCUUCUAUGCAUCCGUGAUAAUUCAGAACCUGCCAGCCUUGAACAGUGCCAUCAAUCCCCUCAUCUACUGCCUCUUCAGCAACCACCUCUGCACCCCCUUUGAGGAGAGAAGAACACGAAGGUUGGAGGGGACUUUCCGGGACCGGAGUGAUGGAGGGCAGGAGAUGCAGGUCCUGUCCAAACCAGAAUACAUCUAGCACAGGUAACGCCCUCAGAAGCACAGCAGGACCCGUGCUGAGGAGAGCAGAGGUUUCCCCGAAGAACAGACAAACAUCAAGCACGUUGAACAGCACAAGCACUUGGGACCAGCACUGCACCUUCAGCUAUCACACUCUGCCAGGACCAAGCCAGCCACAAGGGGUUUGCAUGCUACUUUUGUGAUGGCUCAUUUUAGCCAUCUGUUUUCAAGCAAGAUGUAACAAAUCCAUACUUCAAAUGGCAAAAAGCAAUGUAAACAGUGUCUAGUCAAAGCCUUCUCUCUGUUCUUCAAGAGUCUCUCGAAGCCAUCCAGUACCAUGCAGCUCAUAGAACUGGUGAAGUGUUUACAAGUAGUUACAGGAGGGCACCCUGUUUAAAACGAACCAUUUUCAAAUGAGAACACACCACUGCCACCCUAAAUUUGUCUUGGCUCCACGUGCAACCACUGACAAUGCCCUAACAGAGAGGAGGGAGCUGUAGGGAUGGACAGCUGUCUCCCUCCCACCUUGCCAUCCUCCCGUACUAUCUGUGUCCUUCAUCCUCCCAUUUCCUUGCAGAACUUCCCUGCUGUUUUACCUUGGCUCCCCUACCUUUACUUGCCAUGACAAAUAUGGGCAAUAAUUUCCUUCUGGGAUACUGUACAAUAAGACGUGAGCUAGCCCAUCCCAAAUCCUGUUGCUCCUCAACUGCUCUGCUGCUCACAUCCCUGGGACAAAAGCCCCAAGCAGCCUUUGGGGGAUUCUGCACUCAUGCCUCAUAAGUAACUUGCAUACAGGACACUCCAGCAGUACAGAUCAAUCUUGCCAGAACGCAGAGAUAUUUCUCCCUGUCUACAUAAGAGAUAUAUCUAGAGGUAUUUCCCUCCCUACAAGAAUUUCUAAUGUCACUUAAAUCAUAGAGGGAACCAUCAACAUCUUUAGAGAAGUUCAAAGCUGGAGAAAAGCAUGGGUUAAACUGUAAAACUCAAAUUAUAUUUUUGAAAAUUAUUUGCUGAUGUUCCAGUCUUAUGAAUUCAUUGUGGGGUCCACAAAGCACCAGCCACCAGGCAGAGCUUUGUGGCACAGUAUCCUGAGCUGCUGGACAUUUCCUCCCUCAAAACCUUGGGUUUGAAUGCAAACGUUCUCAGUGUUGUUUUAGCAACUGCGUGAAGGAUAAUAUAUACAUCAGUGCUUAUUUUACCUAAGUCAGCUUAAGUUGUUUGCAUGAUAAUGUGUUCUAACCAGCUGCACGGUAUAUUUUUCUUCUCCCUGUGCAAAAUUUGCAUGCUAACACGAGUCUGUUUAAACAGGUUUUUUUUAUUUUAUGAUGAUCCUUCUCACUGAGUUUAUUCCCUG